AUGCAGCAACACCAGGAACAGAACCAGAACCAGAACCACCGACAAAACUACUUUCCCGUCUCCCUCUUCAACACCACCACCACCGCCGCCGCCGCCUACAACCUUAAACUCCCAGACCCACCACCUCCACCAUCAACAUCAACAUCGUCAUCCCCUGUCACCCCGCCCAACUGGCUUCAUCAGCACCACAGUAAUGCGCCCCAGGCUUCUCUAGACGCCUCCACCACCAUGCAUCGAACCUCUCUCAUUCGUCUGGAAGACCACACGGAGGAUCCGGCGAAUGAGGCGAGUAAGGGGUUGUGGGCGCGCAGUGUGACGAUUGAUGAUUAUGUUGUUGUUGGGGGGAAGGGCGGGAGGGGCAUGGGCAUAGGUAUGGGCAAGAGCAAAGGCAUGGGGAUUGGUGGGUUUGGGGUUGGGGCAUACUCCGAAUUCGACGACCUUCGCUCCAAACUCGCCGCUGCUUUCCCAUAUGCUAAAUCCGCGCUGCCCCAGCUGCCGCCCAAGAGUGCAAUCUCCCCGAGUUCCUGGAAACGAGACGGGUUGGAUUAG